UUGUUAAGAGUCUAAGCAGGGAAGGAUUACUGGAAUUGUCCGAGCAGUUAGGGGAUCAAAUAACCCUUCGAGAUUAUCAUGAACUAGGGUUUGGUUUCGGCUGAGAGGGUCAAUUUAUUAACAGAAUAAGAGAAAAAAGACGACAAAGAAAUCAGACUGAACUCUUCUUCUUCUCCAAACCAUCUUAAUUUAUUAUCAGCAAACGUAGAUGCCCAUUAUUUUUGCAUAAUACCAUUUACUUGAUCGAUCCGACCAUGGCUCUUCCUCUUGGGAAGUUGACGAUAAUCAUUGGAGCUGGCCUUGUUGGGUCAGUGCUUGCUAAAGAAGGACGCAUGCCCAGUGUCUAUGAUUUUUUCUCUGGUGCUUCGAAGGUACUUAAAAUAAUUAAAACAGAUGAUAAACCCAGUUCAAAUCCAAAACCACACAGUGACUCAUUAAUGGCACAGGUCAACAGCUUAAGGCAAGAGCUGCAACUCCUGGCAUCAAAUAGACCUGUUACCAUUGUGACUUCUAAUGGUUCAGCAGGUGCUACUGGCAAAUACGGUGUCAUUAUCAUUGUUGUCGUCGUAGGAUAUGGCUAUGUUUGGUGGAAGGGUUGGAAACUUCCUGAUAUGAUGUUUGCUACAAAGCGUGGUUUAUCUGAUGCAACAAAUGCUGUAGCUAAACAGCUUGACAAUGUCUACUCUUCUCUUGCGGCUACCAAGCGGCAUCUAUCUUCAAGAAUUGAUCGUGUUGAUUGUAGUUUAGAUGAGUGUGCAGAAAUUGCUGCUUCUACAAAAGAGGAGGUUUCUGCGUUACGAGGAGAUACAAAAUUGAUUGCUUUGGAUGUACAAUCUGUACAUAAUGCAGUUUACUCCCUGGAGAGUAAGCUGAGUAGGAUUGAAGGGAAGCAGGAUAAUACAAACUUAGGAGUGGCAAAGUUGCUACGUACUGCCUUAACAAUGGAGCAACAGGCAUCUAUGGACCGCAUCCAGGGAAACCCAUCCAGUUCAUCAAGGCCAGCUCUUGAAUUGCCACAAAGGACUAUGUCUUUGCCACCAGUUCAAAUAGAGGAAAUACAAUUAUCCCCCCCAGUGUCUCCCAAGGCUAAGCGACCUUUGGAAAGUGCUGUCUCUGCUGCAUCAGGCUUGAAGGUUCUUCAAGAGACCCGCCCAGAUGUGGGUGAAAGUAGAAACACCCCCAGGGGUGCAUCAAAUGGCUUAAACAUUACAGAAGAGGGAACAAGUUCUCGGGUUUUUGGGCGAACAUUUUCUGGUAUCAGUUCUGUCUUCUCGAGGAACCGUACAUGAAGCAUACUUGCCAUUUUUUACUAUUCGCUGCUCCAAACCGGAACAUAUAUUUUUGUACUUAAUAGAAAGAACAAAAGAAAAAAAAGCCUCUGAGGGGGUCGGGUCAUCCCUCAGGUAGAGCGAGGUUAGUUUUAGUGUCGGGCACGGUUAGCUGGAUACUUACCGGUUACCGAAAUCUGAACUAGAAAUUCUGAGAUUAUGAUCGAAUCCAAUUUCAAGACAUUUUUAGUUGGAUUUUCUUUAUCCUUUUCUUUGGAGCCUGGGAGAACAAAAUCUGGUUGUGUAUCUUGGAUUGGAUUUUUUGAAUAAGAAUCUCAUGUUAUGCCCCCCUUCCUGUUCGUC